AUGGUGGCUGCGUCUGCAGUAUCCAGUAGUACAUGUACUAAUGCCAGCAAUAGCAAUGUACCGAGUCUCCCACCGCAGCGUGAGGUGGCUCGGCCCGUUGCUAAUUUGGGCAACACCUGUUAUAUGAAUGCCGUAUUGCAGGCUCUGGCACAUGCUCCUGAACUAUGCUUGGCCAUGGACUGUGAACCCCAUCGACACACUUGUCCCAUUUACAUUGAAAACACUCGCAGAGCCCGCUUGGCGUCGCCCACCAGUUCGCCCGAAGGAGGAGAUGCCGAGCCGGACUUUAGACGCAACAAGGCGACGGCCAAGCGUGGAGUCAGAAGGUCCAGUCGAAAAUCUCCAACCAGUGGACUGGGAAAAGAAGACAGCAACAACAGUACCAACGAUGACGCUGACGAUACGUACUGCACGCUCUGCGAAAUGGAGUAUCAUCUCACUGAAGUACACAAGACAAAUGUGGACGGAAAGGAAAAGGCCGUCGCUCCUAACUUUUUCGUUCACGGAUUCAUCAAAAAGGUCGCGCCAUGGUUCAAGCUGGGACAACAGGAAGACUCGCAUGAAUUCCUGAGACUACUCAUUGAUGCCAUGCAAAACAGCUGCAAAAAUGCUAGACCAAAAAUGGAAGAUGACGCCAUGGAAGAAGACAUUCCACCCAUUGGAGAUGAUGACAUGAUGGAUACUGGUGGAAAAGUCAACACCAAAAACAAGGACGUAGAGUACCCCUUUCAACUCUUUAGAGGAACUGUAGAAUCAUGUGUCACAUGCGAUUCUUGCAAGGCAUCCAGUUCCACAUUGGACCCCAUUGAAGAUGUCGGAUUGGAAGUCACGCCACACACACCCAACAAGGCAUCCGGAAUGUCUACUCGUGGCUCGCUUUCUUCCCCAGGAAAUGGAGAAGCUUUGGCCGAUGUCAGCUCGGCAUUCCAACGAUUUGCACGCGUAGAAAACCUUGAUGCACAGUACAAGUGCGAAAAGUGCGGCAAGGGCGGAAGAGCCACCAAACAGUCGCGUCUGGCAUCCAUCCCGCCCAUUCUCACACUACAUCUCAAACGCUUUCGCUACGGUGGGGACGCCAGAGGACCAUCUCCGGCAUUUGCCACCAGCAAUCGAAGAACCAAAUCUGGAUCGGCAAAGAUUGAAGGACACAUCAAGUUUGACCUCGUAUUCGAUUUACGGCCUUACUUGACAGACGAACUGCAGAGUAAACACAAAAAGAUGUUCUGUCGUCUCUUUGCCGUCAUUGUACACGCGGGAAAGAACUCACAUUCAGGACACUACGUCUCAUACGUUCGCAACAUUACCAAGAACGAAUGGUGGAAAAUGGACGACGCUAGAGUUACUUUGGCGAGUAAUGAAGAAGUCAUGCAAGCCGAAGCAUACAUGCUCUUUUACCGAAUCCUGGACCACCCUGUGGCUGUGCAACUAGAAGAUCAGGCCAAGAAAAUGAAAGAAGAAGUUGAGCGCUUGGCCAAAGAGGCCAAGGAAGAAGAGCAAAAGGCAAUCGCCGAGGCAGAAGCCGCCGCUGCAGCAGCUGCCAAGGAAGCGGCAGAAACCGAAAAGGAAAAUGUACCGGUCAAAAAUGACGGCAUCAAGCAGGAAGCAGACGCCCCGGUUCCUUCUGCAGCGGCAUCAGCAACGACACUAGUAAAGGAGGAGCCAGCUCCAGCUCCAGUCCCCGCGCCCAGUUCUUCCGGUGCAGACAACAAGCCAAUGGAUGUCCAACCCGAAAAGCCAUCGGGCCCCAGCAGCGGCAGUGCUCCCAUCAAGAAUGAGCCGGCUCCUCCUGUCCCAGCUCCAAAGCCAGCGCCUAUGACUCCGCCCAAAAGCGCCAACACUGUCUCCUCGAAUUCGAAUGCGAAUACCAGUAAUAGCCGAAAGCGCGGUCUACCCGAUUACCUGGAUGGGAAAAGCUGGGCCAAGGCCAAUACACGGUUGAAGACCUACUCGAGCAUCGAUAGCGCUCAGGAUUACAUCAACGAAAAUAUUCAAUUCAAGCAAGACUUCUUCCGACUGAUCACCGAAGAAGGAAACAAACCGAAUGCCAAGGUGGAUCAUUGUCCCCUCAAGCGGAUCACGCCUGACGACGUAGUUGGUGGUUUUGGCCGGUGGGAAAAAGGACUCAAGGAGUGCAUCUUCCGUCUUGCUCGCCGCUAUGAAAAGGAAAACCCUGGAGAGUGCUUCUUCACCGCGGCCGUACCACGCAAAGUAGAGGCACAAACCGCAGUUUCCGCGACUACAUCUGGAAACGCUACCGCUCCUUCUGGCGACGAUGCGUUGCUGUAG